AUGGCUGUCGCCUAUUACAACUACAUAAAAAGAAGAAACCCAAACCUACACCGCGAGCGCAUAUUUCGAGAUAUCGACAACCCGCUUGAUUACCUAGAUGACACAGAUAUCAUCUGUAAGUACAGACUGCCCCGUAAUAUUAUAAUAGACCUUUGUGGACGCUUCAAUCGUGACCUGAGACGACCUACAUUGAGGUCACGCCCACUGCCCGUAUCGCUCCAAGUGAUGAAUGCCUACCCAAAACGACUCGCAGGCUUCCCAAAUGUCAUAGGUGCAAUCGAUGGGACCCAUAUUAGAAUAAAAUCACCAUCUCUUGAUGAACACUUGUAUGUAAAUAGAAAAAACUACCAUUCCAUUAAUGUGCAGGCUGUGUGUGAUUCAAAGCUUAGAUUCGUGAACAUUGUAGCAAAAUGGCCAGGCAGCACAAACGACUCUUUCAUUCUAGAAAACAGUGCGUUGAAAGAUAUGUUUGAGAGGGGUGCAAUUCCUGAGGGGUGGCUCCUUGGGGACAGUGGCUAUCCCCUGCGGCCUUGGCUGCUCACUCCAGUGCUGAACCCAACAACCAGACCGGAGGAGAGAUACAACGCGUCUCACAUCAGGACAAGGAUUACCGUGGAACGCAGCUUCGGAGUCCUAAAAUCAAGAUUUAGGUGCCUCGACACAAGUGGAGGAUCUCUCUUUUAUUCACCCACGAAGGCAUGCAGAGUUACGGUGGCUGUUGCAGUUCUGCACAACAUGUGUAUUAACAAUGGAGUCCCCAUUCCGGCGGACUGUGUCGAUGCCCGUGACAGAGGACGAAAUGGGCGCCCCCAGUACAUUGGUCCCAUCAAUGACGGAGUGACAGUGAGAAACAGACUCAUCAACAGACGAUUUGCUUAAAUUUGUACAUUAUCUAUUUUAUCAUAUUGAUAUAUGUUUUUAAUACGCCAUUAUGCAUAAAUACAUGUAUAAUAAAA